CACUUCCAUGUUGACAGCCGAGCCAGUCUCGGUAGAGAUUUUAUUGAAAUGGAAAGUUAAUAAAUGUUCCUCUGAUAUACAAUAGACUAAACUAUUUGGCAAUGCCGUUUAGUAACAGCCUAAAUUGCCGUAGGACUAGUCUAUCAUGGCGGCACUAGGAGCGGAACGUGGCGAGGCGUCUAAAGUCGAAGAAAAGAUAAACACCCAGAAGACGGACGACUCAUGGAAACGUCAUAUCAUCCGCCAACUCAAACAUCGGGAUAAGUAUCAGAAGGCGAUGUUUCAAGAUGUCAUACUGGCAUAUAUUAAUCUGCUGGAGAGGUCCAAUCAGAGAGCCCUCAUCACGAAAGGCAUCCUGGGAUCUGGUUCAAGGUACCCUGCCUCCUCCAAAGACUCCUUGCCGUCUCUGAUUUCCAAGAAUGACGAUCUGAAGAAAACAACUGGGGAGCUGGCCUACCAGGUAUUGGAGCUCCAGCAGGAGAUUAAGAUCAAAGACUCCGUACUGGAAGAGCAACAUGCCAGGAUGUGUGAGGUGCGGAGGGAUCUGCUGGGGGUGCAGGCUGAGGAUGGAAGUCUGGCGGUGCGUGUUGCCGAGGUGACGGAGGGGAACCGGCUGUUGAAACGGGAGUACGACUCCCUGCUGGAGCAGCACCAUGAUCUGGACCAGACCUUCAGAGAGGAGAAGCUCAGAGGUCAGGAAAUGCUGGAGGAACUGGUCCGGAGGAAGCAGCACGCAGCCAUCAGGAUGAACAGCCGCAACGAGAGACGGGUCAGAGCCAGAGAGGCAAGUCUUCAGAAGGAACUGGAGACCGCCGGGAAGGUGAAGGUGACCAUUGACGUCGGGUCGGUCAGUGCCCCGGCCUCCAGAGAAGCCUCCCCUAAGAGUGAUCUGGCUGAGAGACGGACCACUAGACUGUUCAGGUCAGCCUCAGUAACAUCCCCUCCCAGGAUUCUAGAUUCCAUCAAAGAGCUUUUUGAUAGAAAGAAGCGUCGGGGGAACUCGCUGUGUCUGAGUAUGGAGGAGGAGCUGUAUGUUCCUGUAGGGAUCUGUCUGGCUGCCAGGGUCCCUGUUAGGGCUCUGCAUGUCCUGGAUGCCCAUGAGUUGGGCAUUAAUGCAGUGAGGUUCAGCUCCAGUUGUAACCUGCUUGCUACUGGAGGGACAGACAGAUCCAUUAAGCUGUGGGACAUUAAAGCAGGCAUGCUCCACAACAGAGGUACACUAGAUGGCAGCAACGAAGGAAUAACCAGCAUAGAGUUUGACCAAACAGGCACCAGGGUUAUAGCAGCGUCAUAUGAUAAAUCAGCUCUGUUCUGGCGGCUGGAUGACUCUGCUCCCAAGCUCACUCUGACAGGCCACUCACGUAAAGUGACAGCAGCCAAGUUUAAAUGCAGCCUGCGCCAGGUGGUGACAGGAAGCGCAGACAGGACCGUCAAGAUCUGGGAUCUCCACCGCGCUGCUUGUAUCCAGACCAUUGAGGUUCUAUCUUACUGCAGUGAUGUGGUGUGUUCUGAGCACGUCAUCGUCAGUGGACACUAUGACAGGAAGAUACGCUUCUGGGACAGCAGGCAGACUAAACGGCUGGUCCUCAUCAACGCUCUGGAGACAAGCUAUCUGUUCGUCCUCGGGUUUAUCGACUGA